AGGCAAGUCAUAAAAAAAUGCAAUAAGUGAAUGAUGCAUAUGAUGAAAACUAGUAAACUACUAGAAUUUGAAAAUCAAAAAGCAUGAAGAUUUGAUGCUCAUUUUUCUACUUUUAGUUUCAAUCCACAACCUUUGUUGUGGUAACCUAUAAACUUGUUUUGUCCAAGAAAUUGUCUUUGGAGUUUGAGGUAUAAGUCUUGGAAGAACCCUCCCCUUUUUUGUACCUUUCAAAUUCUCUGCAAUUUUCUAGACUCUUGUCUCACGAUUUCUAGUCCUGCAUAUCAUAAUGUCAUUCAAGAGUAUUGUGAGAGAGAUCAAGGAGAUGAAAGAAGGAAUUGGAAAUAUGUAUAGAAAAAGGGUAGAAGCUAAGAAUAUGUAUAGACAUGGAAAAUCUCAUAUUGCCCCAGAAUGUUCAUCACCAAUAUCAUUAUCACUAUCACCAACUGAAACUCCGUCUUCAUCGUUAUCGCCAUCGUCACAAAGCAAAUGGGCUAAUUUACCUCCUGAGUUGCUAUUAGACAUAAUUCAAAGAGUGGAAGCUAGUGAAACCUCUUGGCCGUCUCGCCGAGCAAUUGUAGCUUGUGCCUUAGUUUGUAGAUUAUGGAGAGAGAUAACAAAAAGUGUGGUUAAGACACCUGAACAAUGUGGUUGGAUCACUUUCCCUAUAUCUUUGAAGCAGCCUGGUCCAAGAGACAACACAAUUCAGUGUUUUAUUAAAAGAGAAAGGGUUUCUUCUACAUAUAGUUUAUAUCUUGGUUUGAGCCCAGCUCUUUCUGGUGAUAUGAGCAAACUUCUCUUGGCAGCAAAGAAGAUAAGAAGAGCAACGUGUACAGAAUUUUUAAUAUCAUUGGUUUCUAAUGAUUUCUCUCAAGCUAGCAAUACUUACAUUGGAAAGUUAAGGUCUAAUUUUCUCGGAACGAAGUUCACGAUCUUGGACGGUCAUCUUCCACAUGAUUCUUCGCUUCCAUUGAGUUGUAAGUUGCAUCAAAAGGUCCAUCGGAAACAAGUACAUCCGAGAGCUGCUUCUGCUAACUUUAAAGUAGCAACGGUAUCUUAUGAACUUAAUGUUCUUCGUACGAGAGGUCCAAGGCGAAUGCGGUGUACAAUGCACUUAAUUCCGAUAUCUUCAGUCCAAGAGGGAGGGACUGCUCCUACUCCCAUGGAGUUUAGCAAUUGUCGUAAUGAGCGUGAAUCUUCAAAAGGAAAGAAACCAGAAGUUGUUGAAUUUGGCUCAACUUGCUCCGAUUUUGCAAGAGAACCACUGAUUUUGAAAAACAAAGCACCUAGAUGGCAUGAACAACUUCAAUGUUGGUGCUUGAAUUUCAAGGGACGGGUUACGGUGGCUUCGGUUAAGAAUUUCCAGCUUGUAGCAGCUGCAGAACCUUGCCAUAACGUUUCGGCUGCCGAACAAGAGAAAGUUAUACUUCAAUUUGGAAAAAUUGGCAAGGACAUAUUCACUAUGGAUUUUCGAUAUCCUCUUUCUGCUUUUCAAGCUUUCGCAAUCUGUUUGAGUAGCUUUGAUACAAAACCAGCUUGUGAAUAAUAAUGCCUUUGCAAUCUUAUUUGGUAUAAAGUGUACAUAUUUAGUUGAGAAAAUGUUGCACAAAAUAAAUUUCAUUUUACAUUCAGCAGGUCCAAGUUUGUGUUAUGCUAGCUUUCAGAAUCAAUAAUUAAUGUGUAAUCAAGUUUGUUAA